CACCAACUGUUUUGCGCUUUUCACCUUUAUUUUUUUCUCCUAUAUAUAUAUAUAUAUACAGAGUACUUCCGUCGUCUUCCUUCAUCAACCUCAACCCAAAACCAAAAGCCUUCUUCGUUAAGAGCAGUAGUAAUAUAAUAAAGGAUAGUUUCUUCUUCUUCUUCUUUAUUUUUCUGUGAGUAGAAUACAGAAUGGCCGAUGUGAAGAACGGCCAAGAUAAUCAUCAGGGGAUAAAGCUGUUUGGGGCUACGAUCACGUUGCAUCGGGGAAGAAAAGGGGAUCAGAAGGUGGUGGAGGAGGAUCGGGCGACGCCGGAGAAGAGGCCGGACAAGAUCAUACCGUGUCCCAGAUGUAACAGCAUGGACACCAAGUUUUGUUACUUCAACAAUUACAACGUUAAUCAGCCGAGGCAUUUCUGUAAGGGGUGCCAGAGGUACUGGACCGCCGGCGGUGCCCUCCGGAACGUGCCCAUCGGGGCCGGCAGGAGGAAGGCCAAGCCACCUUGCCGUGGGCCUGCUGGAUUCUCCGAGGGUUGUGGCUACGAGGAAUCUGUCGACGGCGGUCACCGCCAGUUUGUUUUGGAUGAGGGGUUGAAUAUUAUGGAGGAGUGGCAUGUCGCGAUGGCUCAGAGUGGUUUCCGGCACCUUCUGCCAGCAAAACGGCCGAGGAACACCAUUGCCGGUCAACCUUUUUAACCUCCCUCCCUCCCUCCCUUCCGUUUUUCUUUCUUUCUUGUAUAUGAUAUUAUUAAAAAAAAUUGAAAAAAAAAUGCUCCAUACAAAUUUGAUGGGCAUGUUAUGAGGUAUUUUCAUUUUGACAGCAAUUUAAA